CCAGCUUCCUAGUUUCGCUGGCUGGUUUAUACACAUUGCAACAAUUUCUACAAAUAUCAUUGGAAAAACCCUUUUGCUGAAUCAUAAUUUCUUGCAAUAUAAGGCCCUUUAUAUCUCCUGGGAAUUUUUUCUUAAUCUCUGGUAAUUCUCUGAUACAUAGAAAUGCCAGCUUUAUAAUUUUUUCAUAUGAUUCAGACCCAUAAAAUCGCAAUAGAAUGUGUUGCUAAGAACCAAGAACCAUCUGGGUGUUAGUUAGUUCUUUUGUUGGUCUUGAGGUUUCUCAUUGUAUUAGUUUGAAUCCAUAAUUUGUUUUUCUUGGCUUAGUUGUUUGAUGAAAAUGGAACAUGGUUUCUGAUGAUUUUGAUGGUUAAUGAUGUUGGGGUUCUUCAUUCUCGAAAUGGGCAUUCAACAUUUUGCUAAUAUAUUGAACUGAAGGUUAGUGGUAUUUUGUGAUAUUGCUUAUAUUGAAUUGAACAUUAGUGGUAUUUGAGACAUUGCUUAUAUAUUGAAGUGAAGAUUAGUGGUAUUUUGAGAUAUUGCUUGUGUAUUGAACUGAAGACUAGUGGUACUGUGAGAUAUCGUUAAUUUAUUGAAGUGAAGAUUAGUGGUAUUUUGAGAUAUUGCUUGUGUAUUGAACUGAAGACUAGUGGUACUGUGAGAUAUCGUUAAUUUAUUGAAGUGAAGAUUAGUGGUAUUUCGAGAUAUUGCUUAUGUGUUGAACUGAAGAUUAGUUGGUAUUCAAGAUUUUGCAUUUCUACUGAAGUGAGGCUUAGUGGUAUUUUGAGAUAUUGCUUGUGUAUUGAACUGAAUAUUAGAGGGUACUCAAGAUUUUGUUAAUAUUGAAUGAAAGAUUAGUUCUUGGUUGGUGUAUAUGUUUGAAAUUGAGGGAGAGAGCAUCAGAACAUGCUCGCUCUGCGCCUGGUUCGCAGAUUUGGAACUGCGAGUCACAUUGCUGCUGCCACAGCUAUUGCUUCCUCAGGUGCUGCUGGUAAGAAUUCCAGUAAAGGUUUAGUAUCUAAAAGAAAGCCGUUAAAAGUAGAUGAACCUGCACUUAUUAAGCUAAAAAGGGAAAGGAACCCUGAGAAGUUGUUUCAGUUAUUUAAGGAGAAUGCUCAUAAUAAGGUUGUUGUUGAGAACCGCUUUGUGUUUGAAGACACGGUUUCUCGCUUAGCAGGUGCGGGCAGGUUUGAUUAUAUUGAAAAUCUGCUUGAGCAUCAGAAGACUCUGCCGCAAGGUCGGCGUGAAGGUUUCAUUAUUCGGCUUAUAAUGCUCUACGGGAAGGCUGGGAUGACACAGCAUGCUGUAAAUACCUUCUAUGAUAUGCAUUUAUAUGGUUGUCCGCGGACUAUUAAGUCAUUCAACGCUGCACUCAAGGUUUUGACUCAAUCUCGUGAUUUGAAGGCGAUUGAGUCAUUCCUGUGGGAUGUUCCUGAGAAGUUCUCCAUCAAUAUAGAUAUACUUUCAGUAAAUACAGUCAUUAGCUCAUUUUGUGAAAUGGGUAUCUUGGAGAAGGCUUAUUUGGUCAUGGUUGAGAUGGAAAAGUUAGGUAUAACACCUGAUGUUUUUACAUAUACGACACUUAUAUCUGCCUUUUAUAAAGUCAACAGAUGGCAGAUUGGUGAUGGAUUGUGGAACCUCAUGGUCGGUAAGGGAUGUAUGCCUAAUGUUGCUACCUUUAACGUUAGAAUUCAAUUCUUAGUAAAUGUGGGGCUUGCUUGGGAAGCUAAUAAAUUGUUGCUGUUAAUGAAACAUAUUGGGAUAACUCCUGAUGAGGUUACGUACAAUUUAGUGAUCAAAGGCUUUUGCCGAGCAGAGAAUCUUGAUAUGGCAAAAAGAAUCUAUUCUGCCUUACGUGGUGCAGGCUUCAAGCCAAAUGCUAAAAUCUAUCAGACAAUGAUUCAUUACCUGUCUAGAGCUGGUGAGUUUGAUUUGGCAUAUUCAAUGUGUAGAGAUAGCAUGCAAAAGAAUUGGUUUCCAAGUCUUGAUAGUAUUAAAAAGUUACUUGAAGGGCUGUGCAAAGAUGGAACGGAGGAAAAGAUGGGAAAGGCUCGAUUUUUAAUCAUCCUGGCUAAGAAAAAGAUACCUCCUUUCUCAUCAGACGCUUUGAAUGUGAUGCAGUCAAUAAUAGCUUGUAGUUAAAAGUACAGAAACGUUAAUUUCUGCUCACUGGUUUAGCUGAUUUUGCAGCAACUUGUAUAAUCCACAAAGCUCCAUUCUCUUUUUGGUGAAGCAGAAGUGAUGAGCUAUUAGUUCUAUGGAUUAUGAGCCUCUAAAAAGAAGAUAAGUUGUAAUUUAUCAAGAAAUAAGUUCCUACUCUUUCCAGAAAGUGCAAUGGGGACUGAAAGAUGUUUGGAAGUACACUGGCAACCUAAUUUGUUUGGAGAAUAAUCCAGUGUUCUCAUGCGCCUCACCAAAGGAUAUACCGUUACAAUGUAUCAAUUUGCUUGUGAGUUUGAGCUGGUUGCCUUCAAGAAAACCGUGAAUUCUGAAAUUGAAGAGAGGGUUUUCAUCGACUUCAAUUGAUCCAACACGGGUCACUCCAAUUUCAUGCUUAUUUAGGAUCUUUGGUAAAUCAUAAGAGGAGGGCAACCUUCAAAAGCUUUUGUGGAUGUAUGAUGAAUAAUGAACAUGUACAUAACUAUGCAAGGACAUCCUAUUACCAGUUAAAUACAUCAACUUGGCAAUGCAAAAUAUAGAAAUUUCCCUCUGUGCUUCAGCGAUAAACAGCGAGAAGCACGUUAAAUGGAGUAGUUUCAGGUAUUUGUGAAGCUCACAGCGUCUGAGUAUAGAACCAGCAGUCUCCACCUCUUGAAAGAUGAGGAAAGCGACUGAUUCACAAAGGAGUUUUUGCUGACAGAUGAUGCCAUAUCGUGCUCGUUCGUUUCAGUCUGCUAUCAAUCCAUUUGAUCAAACAAAUAGAAACAGUCAAGUGAUGCUUCUCUAUUGCUGUGCUUGGCCGGCACUAUGGAUAACUUCUGGAGCAUGGGCCUCAGUCUUCUCUAACGGUUUAUGAAGAAACAUAUGGCAUUUUCAGUUCAAUGUGCACAACUGUGUGAAUCUGCCAGCGCGUUAACAUUGCUAGUUCAGCAUCGUAGAGAACCUUUAGUUAUCAGGGGUUUUGAAUUAUACUAUU